AUGGCAUACACCUCACCCCCUCCGUCCCGCUCCGUCCUCAGCAACAAGGCCCACCGAUACCGCAUACUAUUAAGCCUACGCUCCCUGCUAGACCGAUACCUCUCCUGGCCACUCCCCCCAGGACCCAGCGUCGAAAUCGCCAUUCCCUCGAAAGUCAGCAAAACCCCGGGAUCGAUCCAGCUCUACUUCUUCACCGCACCCUCAAGACCCCUCUGUCCUCGCAAGCAAACCCAAAGACUACCGCCCCGCCCCGUCCUCAUCAACUUCCACGGCGGCGGCUUCUCAAUUGGUCACGCGCGCGACGAUUCCCGCUGGGCGGGAACCGUGCUGAAAGCCUACCCAGAUGCCGUGGUUGUAAGCAUCAACUACCGCCUAGCCCCGGAGCGACCCUUCCCCGUUCCGCUGGAGGACGGCGCCGACGCCAUACUAUGGCUAUGGCAAGAAGCGCAGAAGUACAAUUUCGACAAGACGCGCUUCGCACUCAGCGGAGCCAGCGCGGGCGGUAACCUUGCUUUAGCAGUGCCAUUUCGGCUGCACGAGGAACUACAGAAACAACGCUGGGCGUCGAUAGGCGAGGAGAUAGAGUUGGCUGGCUUGGUAGUAUUCUAUCCCAGCACAGACUGGACACGAUCGCGGAUAGAGCGUGAUGCUACAAAUCCUAUUGCCCCACAGAAAUCCAUCAUUCCCCCUUCUUUAUUCAAGUUCUUCGACGAUUCCUACCUUCUCCCUGCCGGCCUGCCAAAAUGGCCGGGUACGGAUCGGGUGGAUAUGUCGCAUCCUUAUCUUUCGCCGGGUCUGGCGCCUGAGUCUCUGUUGCUUGCCACGUAUCCGCCUGCUGUUGCGAUUUAUACUUGUGGGUGGGAUCAGUUGCUUGUUGAGGGGAAUACUUUCCGGGAAAGGCUUGGUGGGUUUGUUGAAGAAGGGAAGAUGGCGAGUAUAGGCGGAUUUGUAGUUGAGGAUGUUAUUCAUGGAUUUGAUAAGAAGCCUUCUUUUUGCAGGGGGAAUAAAGCGCGUGACAGGAUGUAUGGGGAUGCUGUUAAUCAGUUGAAAGUGAUGUGGAAGAUUGAUUGA